AUGAAAAGGAUUCCAUUUAAAAUAUUAAUCCUUUUAGUGGUUAUACUUGGUAUUUUUAUUUUAAUGUUGGGUGUAUAUAAAACAGAUUCAUUAAAUAUUUCAAAUUUAGAGAAACAAGAAAAAAUUUUAAAAAUUACAGAAUAUUACAAUUUUAAAUGGGGGCCAUCCGGUAACAAUGAAAAUUUCUCACCAAAAAUUUCCACAUCCAGUAGUAGAAAUAUAAGAAGUAGUAGCGAUAUUAAUAAUGAUAUUGAAAAAGAAAUUUCAUGUCAAAGUACAGUUCAAGGCAAUUUAUAUAUAGCUGAUGAUCAAGGAUAUGUUUGCUCAAGAUCAAGUUGGGAUUCUAUUACAAAAUGUUGUAAAAAACAAACCAGAGAUAUUCAACAGGUUUUAGAAAAUAGUAAUGGUAAUAGUAAUAGUAAUAGUAAUAGUAAUAGUAAUAGUAAUAGUAAUAGUAAUAGUAAUAGUAAUAGUAAUAGUAAUAAUAGUAAUAAUAGUAAUAAUAGUAAUAAUGAUAAUAAUAAUAAUAAUAGCGAUAUAAAUGAUAAAAAUAGUAAUAAUGAUAAUAAAAGUAAUUCGAGUGCUGAAUCCAGCAAUAGUAGUAAUAAAUCAAAUGAUAUAAAUAAUAGCAAUGGCAGCGAACCAAACAAUGUCAUAGAUACUGAAAAUAAAAAAACCAAACAAACUCAGGUUGAAAGAUAUUCAUGUAAAAGAUGUUUAGAAGGUUCCGAUUGUUGCGAUACUUAUGAAUAUUGUAUUUCAUGUUGUAUGAGAUAUGAUAAAGUUCCAGUAGUUCAAGAGAUGCUUAUAGGUUUUGCUGAGCGUGGUGUUGCAAAGGAGUAUUUAAAGAAUCAGUUUGACUUGUGUACAAUGGCUUGUAGAACUUCCUCCUCAUCAUUAUUAAAUCAAAGAGAAUAUCAAAAUCCUAAAUUCAAAUUUUGCUAUGGCCCAAAUAUUGCCAAGGUUUAA